GCGCUCUGGCGAGGGGUGAAGCGGGGGGGGGUGGCGGGGGCAGCACGGCAGACGGCGCUGGGUCCGGGUAGUGCGGGGACAUCGCAAUGAGUGAGGCUGCGUUUCAGAAGGCCGCUGAGGAGGUGAAGAAGCUCAAGUCCCAACCCACGGACCAGGAGAUGCUGGACAUCUACAGCCACUACAAACAAGCCACGGUGGGCGACGUGAACACGGACCGCCCUGGUAUGCUGGACUUCAAAGGCAAAGCAAAGUGGGAUGCCUGGAAUGCAUUGAAAGGAACAUCCAAAGAAGAUGCAAUGAAAGCUUACAUAGCAAAAGUGGAAGAACUAAAGGGCAAAUAUGGCAUCUGAGGACUAGCUAUAGCAGCCAUUUGCACACCUGACAUAUGCCUUAUUUCUAAUACUGUGGGAAACUGAUUUCCAAUAAUGAUUUUAAAUACCUGCUGUGUUUUAGUCAGUUCUCCUGGCACCUGUAGUUUGGGGAGAAGCUGUGUACUCGCAUCAUGUACUGACACGUUAUAAAUUCCUUCUGGGAACAAAAUCUGGAACUCAUUAAAGUGCAUUUGGUAUUUUA